AUCCUUCAGGCCUGCAAAAAAAAUUAAAAAAAUAAUAAUAAUAAAAAAAACAACUUCAUUUCCAAGGCAGGUCUAGCAGGUAUUUUUAAUCAUGGACAUGAAGAAGAUUUCCCUCGCCAUCAUCUUCGCUGCCGCCUACAUGAGCGCAGUCAUGGCUGCUGGCGCAGAAGGUCCUGCUGCUGCCGAUGCAGAAGCUCCUGCCGCUGCUGGCGCAGAAGGUCCUGUCGGCGCUGCUGGCGCAGAAGGUCCUGCCGGCGCUGCUGGCCCAUCACCUGGCGGAGCCGCUGCCGCCAGCGGAGCUGCCAUGAUCUCUCCAGUUAUUGGGGCUUACCUUGUUUCCUUCUUUGCCUACUAUCUACAGUAAGCUUAUUCAAAUGGAAGGAGAAGGGGAAGGAUUUAUAUUUAUAUAUUACAUAAAAUUAGAAAAGAAAAGAAAAUUUUUUGCUUUAAAAACAGAAUAUGAUUAUUAUUAUUCUGUUUGAUUUAUUGGAUUUUAUUUUAUGUUUUUCCUCUUAAUUUGUUUAUUGAAUUAUGUUCUGAUAGAUUAAAUGACGAUACAUUUGCAAUAAAGAUAUACACAAAAAAAAAUUAUUCUUA